AGUCUUCUACGCCUAGCGUUGCGCGCGCAUGUUCGAAACGUAAGAUAUCCGGAAAUAAAGCUUACUUUUUUUCAAAUUUCGUAUUAUUAAAUAAUAACUUUUUAAAAAUAACUCAUUUGUCUAUGUCAAAAUAAAUAUUUUUUUUAAGUGCGUUUGGUUGACACGUGCGUAAUAAAAUCUUGUGUGGUGCAUGUUGAAAUGUGAAAGUUUUACCGUGUAAGAUACAGUGUUGGUUUUUUUACAACUUUUAUCCUACUUAUUUUGUUCUCAACAGCUGUUUUGGCUUUCAUUGGACGUGUAAAAUAGUAAAGAAAAUGUGAUCAUCCAACGGGACAAAUUAUUAUAAAACCCAUAUCAAUUUAAAAGUGCUGUUUUAAAAAUAUGUGAAGUGAACGCACGAAUGGACAACAGUGUAUUGUCAAUUUUGACACUACAAGAUGGCCGCUGGUGGGACAAAAUGGCGGUCGAGGUACCGCCUUGGCGCGGUGCUUUUCGCGAUGUUAUUUCAAGUUGUUAACGGUUAUGAAGAACUAUACACGAUAUCCCAGUUAUCACCAAAGUCGGCUUCAGACCCUCGUCUCCCUGGCCUAGUACUCCAAACAAGUCAAACAGAAAAUUUAUCAUUCAGCAUAGAACCAAGUGCAAGGUACGAUGCCGUUGAAGAAGAACCCGAAGAUAUAAUACGCAAUGAAGAACAAGAGAACCACAUAAUUGUAGCCAGAUCCGCUGACCCUGACCGGGAGACCAGGUCUGUUAACAUUGAUGAAAUACCAUCAUCAAACAAUGAGAUUGAUAACGAUCUAGAAUUACACCAUAAGAGAAAAUACUACGAGAUACAUCCGACGAAAACCAUAGACUUUAUUAGGAGCAGGGAUGAUGAUAUUAUCAUGUCAUCUGAUGGUUUCGGUGAUAGAUUAGAGUUUAGGUUUCCGGGGGAAGCCAAAAGGGUCCCGGUGGCGCGAGCGCUGAACGCACCGGGACCCAGGAUCAGGCCUACUGCAGUUCAGCCGAUAUUUGCGACGGCAACCUAUAAAGAACAAGGCAGACAGAAUACAGAAAUCCAGAAUAUCAUCACGGGCAUAGUAAAACUGCUUAACGGGAAUGUAAAUGUUCAAGCCAACUCUCAACUUCUCAACGGUAGACCUAGCAGGCCAAUGGCUUCUAGAAUCAACAAUCGUGGUCCACCUCGCAUAUCUGAUGUACCACCUAUUCCUGACUUCGACAAGCCAGUUACUCCAGUAGCGCACGCGUACCAUCCAACGAAGACGCCACCACCGUAUCCAUUCGAUAGACCUCCUCAUCAUGGUGUCAAUUUACCUGAGCAAAUUGUUCCACCGAUGAAUCACAGGCCAGGGUUGUACAGGCCUAUGCCACCUUGGCAGAGGCCACGGCCUCGACCUCCAACAAGAAGGCCCAACCCUGGUCUGCCUAUGUAUAAACCUUCUUUACCACCCCUACCUCUAGAUCUUCCUGAAGCAGAAGAUACGAAGCCAGAGGCAGAAGUAAUAGCAAAUGAAAACGAAAAUAAUUCAGAGAAUAACAUUCAUCACGACGAAACUAAUACUAGUCAAGAAGAUGAUAAGGUAACUCCUUCUAACAAUGAAGAAGAAUUAGAGAAGGAAGAGGAAGAGAAAUUAACAACUGUUUCUGAUAAAACAACAUCUACAUCAACAACAACUACAACCACAUCCACCACUACAGAGUUAACAACUAGUUCUACCACAACAGAGAAAACUACGACAGAGAAACUCACAACAAAAAGACCUAUUGUGAAAUCAACGGAAAAACCGAAAGAAAAAAUAACAGAAAAACCAAUAGAGAAAACAACGGAAAGAGCAUCAGAAAAGUCAACGACUAGUACGACAACCACAACUACAACAGAGAGGUCGAAAACUGAAAAGCCCAUCAAAAUAGAGAAGGAGAAGAAAAAGGAUCCUCCAAUAGACAAAGGUAAACUUGAAAAAGAGAAAUAUAAAAUUAACGAAGAAAAAGCGCAGAAUAAAACCAAAAAUGAGACAACUACAGAGGGUUACAUACAGCCUUCUAUAUCUGAGAGUAAAACGACCACGGCGUCGUCUAAUACUGCUCCAACACCCACAGAAGGUCUUAUUGUCCACGCGCCAAUCGUCAAUGAAUCAUCAACUGCCAGUAAUGAUAUAAGACCUUCAUCAAUCAAUUCUCAACCAUUGCCAUCAUCACAAGGCAUCCCUUACCAUCCGUACAGACCUCGUCCCGGUAUUGUCCUGGACGAUCCAGACUUCAAACCUCAUGGGAGUAGGUACAGCAGACCGGAAGCAUCAGUCAUCACCGCUCAGGAGACUAGGCUGCCGCCUGGCUAUGGGGAAAUAUUCGAUGUGACUGUCUCUGCUAUUCAAGGUCCUGGAGAAAAGGGAGCAUCAGUUCACAUCGAGAACGUCAACUUAUCUGGACACGGGGAGCACGAUGACAUCAUCGUGUCAGCGUCUGGGGAGCAGGGCUUCGUGUCCAUCGAUGGUAAGAGGACUUACCUGAACCUCUUCGACACCUCCACCGUUCCAGUCAGCAUCAGACCGACGCACGUGCAGAAUCUGCCGCAAUCUGUGCCUCCGCUAGCUGCACCACCGCUGGGGCCGGCCAUCGGUACAGGGGUGGCGAUACCAACAGAUGACGUCCCCCAGCCGCCGCCACCGCCACGUAGGCAGCACCAGCCUCAGCACCAAGUACACAGGCCGCAGCAGACUUACAGGAGACCGCAGCCGACUGUCAGAAUCGACACAUGCAUCGUGGGCGAUGAUUCCACAUGCGAUCAAACACAAAACGAGAUGUGCAGGACUGAACUUGGUAUAUCGAGCUGCCAAUGCCGGCCGGGGUAUGCACGUCGUGUCCACCGGGAUCCAUGUCGGCGUGUCGUCGCCUUGCUCCUCAACCUGAGGGUCGACAGGCUCUACGACAGGAAGGUGUCAUGGGACGCGAAGCUGGCGGACAAAGAGUCCGAUUCCUACCAACAAUUGAGCUACGAAGCGAUAAGAGCGAUCGACUCCGCCUUCUCAAUGACCCCGUUCUCUGAUGACUUCGUCAGCGGCACGGUGAACUCGGUGCACCGCGGUGAUGAACACAAUCAGGGCGUAUUUGUGAAUUACACCAUCUUGAUACAAGAAACACCGGAGAGUCAACGAGCACCGAUCGCGACGGACAUACAAAAACACAUCCUGGGCGUGAUCAGACGAAGGUCCAACAAUGUAGGCACCUCAGCGCUGUGGGUGGACACGCCCGCCGGCAGCGUGCUGCCGCUCAAAGAUCUGGACGAGUGUGCCUCCCCGGACCUCAAUGACUGUCAUCAGCUAGCGACUUGUACCAACACGUGGGGUGGAUUCACCUGCGCGUGCCCGGACACGACGCUGGACGUGGCCGGGCCGCGCGCGGGCCGCCAGUGCCUCGCCUGCACGGCCUCGCACUGCAGCGAGCGCGGCGUGUGCCGCUACCAGCACGGCCAGCCCUACUGCAGCUGCUCAUCAGGAUACUAUGGUAGCACAUGCGAGGUGGACGGCGAGGUAGUUGGCGUUGCUGUGGGUGCUUCGCUGGCCGCUGCCCUAGUUAUUGCAUUAACGCUGGCUGCAUUACUCUCUUGGAGCCGAAAAUGGUCCCGAGAGCAAAAAGCUGCCGGCAUGGGUUCGCCCGUAUUCAGCUACAUGGCAGCCAACACUAUAAAGACCCCACCUGUGGGACAGCCGCCUUAUCAGGUAUCGAUCGAGGAGAGGAUGCGGUGGGCUCAAAUAGCUGAAGCGAUGGCGCAAAGCAACCAUUAUGCUCACUUGCAACAACCCGAAGCCACGAUGGCGACUCGUCCAUCGUCAGCGAUGUUUGGAGGGUACCCCACACUGCCCCCGGUGCCAUUACCAAGGAUGGGCAUGCAUGGUGGACACCAUAACGGGACACUGAACACGGUCGCAUCACGCGCUAACACCGCAGCUUCCCACCAUAACUUAUAUGGCUACACGAAUCACAUGGCGACAGAGUCCACCAGCUCGGAAGCCUCCAGCCACGUCCAGGAGCGGGCAGAUUUGCUCGUACCCAGACCGAAAUCUAGGGCAAGAAGCAUGCAUAAUCAAACGGGCAUCUACUACGACGUAGAUUACGAGAACGCACCAGAAGCUAUCUACGGCACCAAAGGCAUACCUCUAUCUACGUACACAGUGAGUCGGGGCCCGCCAUUUUACCGCGCGUAGUAUUUGUAAGUAUCGGUGGCCAAUUACGCGGAAAAAUUUGUAACUUGUUUCUUUUUUAUUCUUGGCAUAGUUUAGAAAAAAAAUUGGCAUAUCUAAUUGUAGACAUAAAAAAUAUUAAAUAAAUAAUGGAUUAUUAUUAUUAAGCAAAAAAAAAAAACAAUUACUAAAACAAAAAAGACAUGAUAUUAAUUGACAAUACUUACUUUUUUUUGUUCUAUUUUUAAACAUAGAUUAAGAACGUUUCUAAAUUACUAAAUUCACAGACUAAGGACAAUACCUGAGGUCCAUUUUCUACGACUAAAUGCAAUAAAAGGCUUGUUAACUAAAUAUGCCAAGUAUAAAAAUAUUUGAAAACAUAAAGUAUGUUUAACUUUUAUUUGCGGGUAUCUAGUAUCGCCUUCUAUGUAUAAGUAAGUUUUAUAAACUCGUGUUUUAUAAACUCUUGUUUCGCAAUCGAAACCGCAGGAAACAGCUAGUUAAGCCUUCGUACAAUAAGACUGCUAUCAACGAUUUGUUUUACUAUAAUGUGAUUGUAGAUUUCUAUUUAUAUAAAAUUAGUAUAUAAGUAGUUAGUCGUAUUUAGUCAUAUUUAAAUUAGAUUUAGAAAAAAAAAAGAAAUAAUAUUUUAUAUAUAUAAAAACAUAGGGUGAAAUCGAAAUAACCUUUGAAGGGAGUGUUCUAAACAUUAAAAAAAAUGGUUGAAAAACGACUGUAAAGUUUUUGUCGUUUUUCAAUCGUUUUCGUUUUUCAUUUUCAUCCUUUAAUAUGUUUUUUCAUAGAAUUAUAAUAUAAUAUUUAAAAAGAAAACCUGUACAUUAUUUUAAAAUUUUAUUUUAUAAGUACCUACUUAGUUAAGUAGAAAAUAAAAAAAUCAAUAAAACCUUUUUUAAUUAUUUUUAAUAUUUAAGUGAAAUCAUUUAGUAAUUAAUAAAAUUAAAAAGAAAAUCUCUUUUUUUUUAUUUUACCAAAACUGUUUAAAAAUAAAUUUAGGUUUUAGUUACAAAUAUUAAUAAAUAAACAAAUAAUUUAUUUACUUGAUAGAGAAUUAAAAUGGUAAAAAUUAGACAUUCAAUUUUGCUUAUGAAUACAGUGUACAACGCUACAAGUUAACAGCGGUAUUUUACGGAACUAAUGGUAUUAAAGGAAUAAUAUACCUUUUUUUUAAUCUAUGGUUAUUUCGCGCCAAUUUUCACUUGUUACACUCGAACAUUAAUGUCAAUUAGUUUAGUUACAUGAAAUAGAAAAUGACGUUUUAAAGUUUUUUUUUUACGCACUUUUAAUUGUAUGUAAAUAUUUUAUUUUUAUAUAUUAAGAGAUUUAUUUGUAAGCAAGCACCUAAGUAUAUUUUUAUUUUCCGGCCAUCGAUACGUAAUUUUUGUUUGUUUUUUUUUUAAUAGACUGAUAUUAUUUUUUUAAAUAAUCCAGUGAAUACAGCUUAGUUGUAUUGUUGAAAUAAUUUUAAAAAGUUUUUCGAACACAUGCUUUAUUAUUUUUUUUUUUGUUUGUAAUAUAAUUAUAAUUAUUAAUAAUACGUAACAUAUUAUAAAUUUAAAACAAUCCUAUGUGGAAAUUUUGAGUAUAUUGUAGGAAGUUAACAAUUUUCGCGGUAUUUUUUGCUCUAUUUUUUUUUAUUAUUAUUGAUUUCAUAUGAGAAACGCAAAGGGUCUCUGUCCAUACAGCCGAUUGUAGUUCACAUGACAUAAUAAUAACCAUAAUUAAAAAGUUUUGUUUUUAAAUACAUAUUAGAUACCUAUAAUCCCUCAUUAUUUAUUAUAUUCAGAGGAGUGGGUAAAAAGCUGUGUAUUUGUAUUAACUUAGUCAUAAUUUUUAAGAAGAAAAAAAAACGCAUUUAUUAUGUGUAUUUUUGUUAAUAUGACAACAAUUAUUAUCAUUUAUGGUAGUUACAGUUUAACAAAGUAUAUCUUAUUGUAUUUAUUUAAAUUUUUUAAUAAACAUUUUAAAAAUA